UUUGUGUAUGCGCAGUUAGUUUAGUCCAGCAGCAGCAGCAGCAGCAGCAGCACAGCAUCGUACCCGCUUUAACGUGGAUUACAUUAAGGAUUACAUUAAGGUUUGAACAUGUCAGGAGGAAGCCAGCUGGAGAACGCAAACCCUGUGGUUUUCCAGCGGACGGGGGAGAGGUUGCAGACUGCGAACGAUGAGGACGAGGACAUCCAUGAUCCAAUCGAUGACAGAGAAAUAUUCGAUAUGAUCAGAUCCAUCAAUGACCCCGAACAUCCUCUGUCUCUUGAGGAACUCAAUGUCGUGGAGCAAGUUCGAGUCAAGGUAAAUGAUGCAGAGAACAUGGUCGACAUUGAAUUCACACCCACCAUCCCUCACUGCAGCAUGGCAACACUCAUUGGUCUGUCAAUCAAAGUCAAGCUGCUACGCUCCCUGCCGGAGAGGUUUAAAAUUGAUGUCCAGAUCACUCCAGGGACUCAUGCCUCAGAGGAAGCAGUGAACAAACAGCUGGCAGACAAAGAGAGGGUGGCAGCAGCUCUGGAGAACUCUUCUCUGCUGGAGGUGGUCAACCAGUGCCUGUCCAACAAGAGCGGCUGAAUAGCCAAUCAGAUUUAUCUCCUUCCUCAAAACUCUCUGAUCAGCAAAUGAAGUUUGUGCUCUUUAUCUGACCCUCACCAGUCUAGGUGUGAAUGCUGGGGGUAGUGAGGCAGCACUAAUGCCAUUCAAGAGUUUACUGACCUUUUUUCUUAAAUGUUGAAUAUCUACAUUUAUGCAGAACAGUACAAAUUGUUACACGUUAUGCAAAGUCGGUAUAGAAAAAUAAUUACAAUAAUUCCAUCUGUGAAGUUUAUUAUGUGACAAGGUAAUUCAGUUAAAUUCCUGUUUUUUUGUAUUAAACUUUGCUUCCUAGAUGGGCAAUGUUUCAUAUUAAGAAAACAUCUGUUUAUUGAAGUGAUACAGAUUGUUAAUAAAAUAAACAGAAGUUA